CCAAGAUGAGAAUCAAACACACAUUCUUCUCCUUUGCGCUUUUGAAACUCUCCAGCCUUGUGAGAUGUGAACCGCCUUUCAACAAUCCUCCCGGCGUGGACGUCUGGUGCGGCAAGGCCUACCGCGAGACAAACUCGUCAUUCGACCCUGGAGGCUGGCUGGAGCCGCCGGCACGCAACAAUGGGUCAAGGCCUCUCCAGCUCAGACUCAACGUGUAUCCGAGGUAUAACUUCUAUGUUGAAGGCGAGAAGCAGGGAUCCUUUAUUGUGGAUACAAGGGUCUCGGACCAGGAGCAGUAUGGUGGAUCGUAUAUGAAUGAAACGCACGGGGACGGGAAUGGGACGGCGGCAUUCACGAAGCUGGUACUGAAUAUAUCGAUUGGCGAUACGGUUGUAGUGGACAACUUACAGAUUCCGGUCAACACAACGGGAAUCGAGAUUCCGUUCGAUUUGGACCUGGCGAAACUUACAGACGCGGACGGAACGGGAGUCUUCUUAGCACGAGGCAGCAGCCCCGACGGAAAGCAGCUGUACGAGGAUCUUGCGCAUGUCGUCUUAUUCCCAGAGCGCUCGGACGGCGGCAGCAUGGCGCGCCUUGAUCGACUGAAUGGCGGCAUUCACGUUUCCUCUUCUCUUACCAAUGGAGCCUGGAAAUCGGUCUUGCCGAUGGGGUUUUAUACGCGAUGGGACUGGAUCUCCAACGAAACAAAAAGCCUACAGCAAUACAAAGACCGAGGCUACAACCUGAUCCACCCGGUCCCACCAGGCGGCUGGGCCUCUUUUGACACAGGCACCUUCGAGAAAUUCCUUACCAUCUGUGACGAGCUAGAACUCUACGUUAUGUACGACAUGCGGCACACCUACUUAAAUCUCUCCUCAAUCUCCUACCAACUCCCGCGGCUGCAGUCUCAUCCCAGCCUCCUCCUGUACUAUACGGGUGACGAACCCGACGGAUGGACAGACCCCCUCAACGGCACGCUUCUCGCCUACAAACACAUAAAAUCCAUAGAUCCAUAUCACCCUACCUCACUCGUGCUCAACUGCUAUAAUUUUUACUUCGAAGAUUACACCUCGGGCGCCGACAUCAUCCUCGAAGAUACCUACAACUUGAUCAAAUCCUCCACGUUCUCACCGGUCUACAACACAGUCUGCAACCGCACUUACGGCGACUGCGGCUGCGACUUCUGCCACGCAAACGACACUGCGUACCCCAUGUUCGUGGAAAGACCAUUCGAGGACAUCGUCGAGCGCACGCGCAAAAUGUACCAGUACCAGCGCUGGCUCGGGCAGAAAGAGACGAAGCCGGUCUGGGGUGUGCCGCAAUGGUUCUACGAUGCGGAUAGCUUCUGGAGCCGCUGGGCGACGCGCGAGGAGGCGGUUGUGCUGGCGCUGCUUAGGAUCAAUCACGGCGCAAUGGGCAUUGUGGGAUGGCUGUUUCCUACGUCGCCGGAGGUCGAGAGCGCGACGACGGAUUUGGCGAAGGUGCUGGCCCGCGACGAUGUUACGCGGCUUUUGGUGGAUUGUACUGGACAGCGUGUCAUGCCAGAGCCGCCGUUGGAGGACUCGAACCUAGAUGUUGCAGCGUGGGUGGGUGGGGAUGAGAUACUUGUCGUUAUCGUGUGGCCGCAGUAUGAGCCGGGAGAUGGUGCUAUUCUCAAGCUACCGACGGGCGGAAAGCGUGUGACGGAUUGGGAGGUGCUGUAUGGUGCUAAGUGGAUGGCGAACGGUAGGACGAUAUCGAAGGAGGGAACGGCGUCGCUGGAGGUUAGCAUUUUAAAGGGAAGAAUUCGUGGAUACUAG